CUUGUGUUUAUUUUACUAAUCUGUUAAAGAUAUUAUAUUAAUGUCAAAUGUCAAUGUUUAAAACUUAGGUUAUGUUGUUAAAUUAUUAAAGAUUCUAUUCUUUAUAAAAAUUGGAAGAUUGCAAUAACAGAAGCAAGAUAUAAAAAUGGUAUUUUUAACCGUUGCUAAUUGGAUUCGGGCUCGGGGUCCUGAUGAAUUCUGGAGGAAAAGAAGAAUAUUUAGAUUGGCAGCUCACUACACUGGACGUCGUAGAAAUUGUUAUUCUGUUGCAGUCCGAAAUGUUCAUCGUGCUUUAGCCUAUGCGACCAAAGCUCGUAAAUUAAAGAAGGAGGAUAUGAAAGUUCUCUGGGACACACGUAUAACAGCAGCAUGUGAACAACACAAUAUAACAGCCUUUUCUUUAAGAGAAGGAUUAGGCCGGGCUGAUAUAAUGUUAGAUCGUAAAUCACUAUCUGAUUUAGCGGCAUGGGAACCAAAAACAUUUCACUGUCUAGCUGCGGUUGCCAAAGAAAAACUAAAUUUGGAUAAUUUUAUUGAUGGAACUGAUAAGAAAGAGCCUACAGGAAUCAAUUUAAACCUCAAGGAUGUAAUGUUAGAGGCUUGGCUUAAAGAAAAGAAAUAGUAAUUAGUAUUAAUUAAAUUUAAUCUAUUAUAUAAUAAAUAGUGUCAUAGUCAACAA